UACAGAUGCUGUUACCCCCUCCACAAAUUAUAUGCUUUUGGUGAACAGUAAAAGCGCCUUGACAUUUCUUGCUUUCUAGAUUAGACAAGUUCUAUGUUGUUUUUAGACUGGUUAUAGGUAACAGUUGGCUGAACUUUCCUUCCGGUUAGCAGGAGGGCGUGUGUAGGUGUGCUUUAGCGCUUAGCGCCUUGUUAGCAUCCUGUUUCAAAUCUGUGGUUGCUGAUUCAAAGAGAGCGAGCAGAGAGGAGGGACCAGGAUAUGACACGUGUUGUUGAGUCUCCAGCUACACUUCGCCCAUCAAGAUGGUCCUGAUAUACAUUCACCUCACUGUCCUGGUGGUGUUUUCUGGUGGCAGACUGCUUGAAGGGACCACUACUGGUGCCUCAGAUACCCCUGGUCCCCCCUCUACUGCCUCAGCUGCCCCUGGUCACACCCCUAUUCCCACAACUACCUCCUCCAACAGCUACCCUAAGCCAGCGGGGAACCUGUCUGAAACCGUUAACGUGACAACAGCAUACGUUAAGAACAGCAUCGGGACCAGCCCUGACCAGGUCGUUACGACGACCGCUAACGUAGUUCUAGACCACAACACAACGGCCUUCGGCGGAGUUGUGUCGCUGGGCCAACCAAAAGAAGGGGACGGUGUGAAUGGCGUGUCCACGGAAACCGUCGCUGUGACGAAGACGACCACUGAGGCAUCAAAAGGAAGAGGCAAUGACAGCAGUGACACUGCAGGUUACAUCAUCCUGGUCCUCAUCCUCCUGGCUGUCAUCAUCCUGUGUGUCAUCCUCUACAUCCUCAGGAAGAACUCCAGGAAAUACUCGUUCGACCUCCAGCGUCCCGGCUACGGCCACGACACCCCUCUCACGUCUCUGGAACCUACCGGAGUCUUCGGGAACACCCCCGGUGGCUUUGUGAGUUUGGGGAAGGAGGACGUUGUUGAGAACAACCUGUCCAAUGGAUCGUCCCACCCACUGGGAGAGGAGGAGGAGGGGGGAGGGGGAGGGGGAGGAGGAGGAGGAGGAGGGGGAGGCCCUCCCCUCCUCCGGGGCAGACCGACAGGCCGACUCGGGGAGUUUGAUUGGCUGUCAGUCUCAGGUGAGUCUCACCAGCCUCACCCUGACCCCGCCCAUAAAGAAGGUUGGCUUUAGCCUGGACAUCGACCUGAUUGACGGCAAUAUUGACCAAUCCUGUGCCUCCUCUGUGCUGGACGUUGAGGAGGCGGAGCAACAGAACGAGAACAACAACAAUGGAUCUACUGGAGAUCUGUCAGCGGUGACCUCUGACCCUAGAGCUCCCAGCAUCUUCACUGAGAUCAGUUUGGAUGAGAGCAUGCCGUAGGGGCAUCCAUCAGCUUACACCUCUUAGAACAUGUAGAACAGAACAACACAGAACACACAUAGAACAUAAAGAACACAGAACAAACGGAACACAUAUAGAACAUAUUUUCUGUUUCAUGCUUUGCCAGUUAAUUUGUCUGCUCUGUGCUUUUAUAUACGAUUUAGAACACAACGAUAAAACAUUUUCAAAGCUAUUUUGGCAUGAAUGUUGCUUUAUUUGCUCAAGUUAAUUGACACUUGAAUGUUUUUUUCUAAAUAAAAUGAGUAGUUUUGAGUUGG